AAUACUUGACCUCCUCUGUUCUCUUUGCACCUUUCUGCUUUCUCCUUUCAGCUUUUUCUGUUCGGACGGUUUGUGUUCCUUCAUUUAGACGCGAAUUAACUCCAUCAGCUGGCUUGCUGGUGCUGCGCCCUCCAGCAGAUGGCGCCCUAGACCACCGCCUCAAUCCUCACCAAGAGGAAAGAAACAAGAUCGAAAUCGAAACUAAAGAGACUGAAGAGACUCUUCACUCGAACUGAAAACUUUUCAACACUUCACAGAUCGAUAGCAGCCGUCUGGACUCUGACUGCAGCCAGCAAGAACAAGAUUUUAAAAAACAAACUCAAGAAGCAACUCAGAACAAGAGGAGGAAGAAAAGCUCACAAUCCAGACUUCUUCUCAACCCAGUCGUGUUUGCAUCAAUUCCUCUUUGAGACAGAAUGGAAGAAAAACCAUUGAGAGUUGUCCUGCUGGGAAAAACCGGAACAGGAAAAGCAGCUUUGGCAAUGCCUUGAUUGGAGAAACAGUGUUUGAGAAGAAUACUUCUGCAAACUCUGGUACAAGUGAAUGUCAGACAGCCACAAAAGAGAGUGGAGCAAUCACAGUAGUUGAUACUCCUGGUUUCUUUGACACCAGCAGGGAUGAAGCAGAUCUCAAACCUGAGAUAAUGAAGAGUAUCACAGAGUGCUCACCUGGACCUCAUGCUUUUCUCAUUCUCCUCAAAGUGGAGAAAUACACUGAGCAAGAGAGUCAGGUUAUUACAAAAAUAAGAGAGUUUUUUUCUGAAGAGGCUUUUAAAUAUGCUGUACUGGUCUUCACUCAUGGUGACCAGCUUGAUGAGAGCAAGACGAUCAAAGAGUUUGUCAGAGAAAAUGAGGAUCUGAUAGAGCUUUUAGAUAAAUGUGGUGGCCGCUGUCAUGUUGUUGAUAAUAAAUACUGGAACAACAACCAGUUCCAGAUCAGACAGCUGCUCUACACGAUCCAUGAAAUGGUGGAGCAACAUGGAGGAGGCUGCUACACCAUUGAGAUGCUGCAAGCAGUGGAGAGAAACAUCCAGAAAGAGACAACGCGAACCAGAUCCAGAGAGGAGACUGCAGCCAGCAAGAACAAGAUUAAAAUAACAAACUCACGACAACACAGCCAGCAGGUCAGCACAGGAGGAUCAAGAAAGCUCCCAAAAGUCAAACGUUCUUCUCAGCCUGCAUUCGUAUUUGCACCAAAUCCUCUUUGGGACAGAAUGAAAGCAGCACCUCUCAGAGUCAUCCUGCUGGGAAAAAUCGGAACAGGAAAAAGCCAGUUUGGCAACGCCUUGAUCGAAGAAAAAGUGUUUGAGGUGGAUGGUUCUGCAUAUUCUGGAACAAGUAAAUGUCAGGCAGCCACCAAAAGAAAUGGCGAAAUCACAGUGGUUGAUACUCCUGGUUUACUUGACAACCGCAGAGAUGAAGCAGAUCUCAAAUCUGAGAUAAUGAAUAGUAUGUUAGAGUGCUCACCUGGACCGCAUGCUUUUCUCAUUGUCCUCAAAGUGGAGAAAUUCAAUGAGCAUGAGAAGCAGAUUAUUACAAAAAUAAAAAAUCUAUUUUCGAAAAAGGUUUUUAAAUAUGCUGUACUGGUCUUCACUCAUGGUGACCAGCUUGCUGAGGGCAGGAAAAUCAAAGAGUUUGUCAGUGAAAACAAAGAUCUGAAAGAGCUUUCAGAUAAAUGUGGUGGCCGCUGUCAUGUUGUUGAUAAUAAAUACUGGAACAACAACCAGCAAGAUCCUUACAGAAACAACCAGUUCCAGAUCAGACAGCUGCUCAACACGAUCAAUGAAAUGGUGGAGCAAAACGGAGGAGGCUGCUACAACAAUGAAUUGCUGCAAGCAGUGGAGAGAAAUAUCAGAGAAGAGACCAAGCGGACCGGAUCCAGAGAGGAGGCAAAGAAAAGUGUGUGGGACGCUUGCACACUGAAUUAAAAAAAGUCGUUGGGAGGUGUACCAGCAGUGCUUUUAGCAGCACAUAAAGUCGUUUUACUUUUCAUUAUAAAAUGAGCAGCUCAUGGAGCUGUUGCAGCCAUGAGAGCUUUUCCAUAUGUUGCAGAGGGACAUCAGACGUCCUGCAGGAUAUGAACUCUUUGGAACAGAUUCAGUUGAACAGGUCGAAUCGAAUACAGCCGAGACAAUGUCUGAAUUAAUAAACAUAAAGAGAAAAGUCAAAGGCUGAAGUGAAAGACAGAACAGAGAAAAGAAAUCUCAACAUACAAAAAAACUUGAUUCACAGAUAUAUUUUGGAAUCAUAUGUUUUUAAUUGCAGAUACAUGAUUAGUUUUUCUUUGUUUUCAGCAAAACAUUUUUUUCAAGUAACAACUUUUGGAAUGCUUUAAUCAUGGAAAAAAGGAAGAAAAUCCAAGGUUUUGUCAAAAUUACACUGUCUCAGUACAGUGAAAAUAAAACUUAAGUAUAGGAUGAGUUGAGGACUUUUAAGUCAUUAUAAAACAAUGUUAAGUUUUCUGACCUUCAAUGCAUUAAUAUUUGAUCAAUUAACAGUGGGGAUAAGUGGAUACUUCUGAGUAUGGGUUCAUUUGGGUUCUUGAAGAUAUCGAAAACUGCACACUAAAAACAGUUGGGUUAAAAAACAACCCAAUUUUAACCGAACUGCUGGUUCCGAAAAGGACAAACCCCUUUUUUGGGUUAUUUUAACCCAACAGGUUGGGUUGUUUUUUUAACUCAAUUUUGGGUUGACUUAUUUAACCCAAAAGUUGGGUUAUGCUAACUACAAUGUUGGGUUAUUCCUCACCCAACUAUUGGGUUGCGCAAUUUAGCGCUCCCAAUUAAAAUGAUUAAAAUAAAAUAAUUGUAAUAAUGCAUUGGUUUUAUAUAGCGCUUUUCUGGACAUUCAAAGAUGCUUUACAUUGCAUUAUUUAUUCACUCCAUACUGAGUGGUGGUAAGCUACUAUUGCAGCCACAGCUGCCUUGGGGUAGACUGACGGAAGCGAGGCUGCCAAUCUGCACCAUCGGCCCCUCUGACCACCACCACCAACCAUUCACUCACACUAAGAGUUUGUUGCUGAGAGCAAGGCUCUGAGUGAGCUGGUGAGGAAGUGUGGAGGGCGCUGCCACGUCUUUGAUAACAAAUACUGGAAGCAAACCCAGCAGGAUGAGUACAGAAGCAACCAGUUCCAGGUGGCAGAGCUGCUCAAGAGCAUAGACCAGAUUGUGAACACUCACAGUGGCAGUUACUACACCAAUAACAGGCUUCAGCAGGUGGAGAGUGAAAUCCAAAGAGAGCAAAAGCAGAUCAGAGAGUCUUCAGAAAACAUGGUGGAGGAAGUGAUCAGAGAGCAGGCUAAAAGGAGGGUCUUUAAGUGGCGGCUGAAACGUUACCGAUGCUUAUCUUCUAUGUGCAGAUGGGGGAUGCGCCUUGUAAGGGGGUUCACUGCAAUUGUCUUUGGUGUGAUCGGUUUAAAACUGAUGAAGUCUUUAUAUGGAAGAAUGUAUGAUCCACAGAAUGAGCACCGAAGAAGUAAUGAAAUAGAAAACCUGGAUGAACCUUUCAGAUUGUAAUUUUUUUAAUGGGAUCAAUAUCUAUUGACCAGUGAGGCUUUCAUUUGAUCUGUGUGUUUAUUGUUGCAGGUCUGAACUGAUCAGAAAUCACACUUUAGUCCUCAAUGCUUGAGAAAAGACAAUAAAAUAUGUCAUAACUUCAGUGAUGAUUCCAAAUGUGUAUAAACUGUUGACUUUAAUUCAUUAUAUACAACAUGCAUGCAUUUAUUCUAUUGUUCUAUAUUCUAAAGUCAGUUAGACUUCUUUUUUUUUUUGCUUUCAAACAAUAUCGAGGAUGAUUUUUUAUCACUUGGCUGUGAGUGAAUUAAGCAACAAUAAAGAAGCUUCUUUGUCACAAGUGUUUGAUUUUUUUUUUUUUUUUACUUGGGGUUUACUUGCAGUUGUCUUUGGUGUGAUUGUUUCAAAAUUGAUGAAGCCUUUAAAUGAAAGAAUAUAUGAUCCGUAGAAUGAGCACUGAAGAGUAAUGGAACAGAAAGCCUGGAUGAACCUUUCAGAUUGUAAUUUUUUUUUUCAGUGGGAUCAACAGCUAUUGACUGGUGAAGGGUUAGGGUUCUAAAUGUGUAGAAACUGUUGACUCACAGUGUCUGUGGACUUUAAUUCAUUACAUACAACAUGCAUGCCUCUGUUCUAUUUCGGUAAAUUCUAGAGCUUGCCGGAUCUUUUUAUUUGUUUUUUGCUUCUCAGACAACAUCUGCAUGUUUUUUAUCACUUGGCUGUGAGUGUAUUAAGCAACAAUAAAGGAGUUUCAAUGUC